AUGGCGGCCGCGCUGGAGUGCUGGUCGGGCCGGCCGAGCACCGACGAGGAGUCCAUGGUGGAGCAGGUUCUCAUGAAGCCCCACGCCCGCUCGGACGGUUCGCUCCCCACCUGCGCUGACUCGGUCGGCGCGGGUGACCCGAUUUCGGGCCCGGCGGCGCCCAAGAAGUGGCAGCGCCUGGGCCGCAACUUCGCCGGCGCCAUCGCGGCAUUCAAGAACACGCUCAACCUGGACAACGGCGGCGUCCCCCGCGACCCCUCGCCGCGCGCCGGCGGCGAGAAGCCGCCGCUCCUCCUCCGCGGCCUCGCGCAGCUCUACUCCCGUGGCGCCGCAGCCCAGCAGCUGCCGGAGAAGCUCGUUUCUGACCUCCGCCGCCACUUCGAUGCUCUUCCCAACAGCUACGCACAGGCAGGAUUUGACAUGAAAGAUGUCCUCUUGCACGCCCGCCUUGUAGAGCAGGCGGCCGGUGAGGAUCAGCCUGCACUGAGCAUCGAGGAAGUUCAUGGCAGCAAUGGCAGAGAAAGUGGUGCCGAGGGCACUGUAUUUCAGCUCACCUUUGCCUGCAACGCCCCACUUUCAUGGCAGUCAAUGUCAGGCUCACUCGACAGCCCAUUGUUCAGUUGCAAGAAGAUCCAGAUCUUCGAGAAGAGAGGACUGACACUUGGUGUCGUCCUGAUAAUUGUGCAAUUCGGGAGCGAGGAGCUCUUCAAGAGCCGGGUCGAGGCCGCGCUAAAAUCGGCGACAAAGAAGCAUCGGAAGAACAGUGGAGGCGGCAGUGGCGGUGUGAAGCUCCCCUUCGGGCUCUGCGGCUGCCAGGAAGAAGGAUCGCGCAACUUCGACGAGGAGUCCAUGUUUGAUCCCGAGGAAGGCCAGGAUCUUGACAAUGAGCCUGCUCGCAGGCCAUACCUUCCCACUCCCCUACCACAAUCAUCAGUCUUUGUCUCAGUAGAUGAGUGGCAGACCGUCCGAUCCGGGGGCGAGGAGCUCGGCCGCUGGAUUGUGAGCUCCGAGGAGAUCGAAUUCGUCGACUGGGUUGGCCAAAACUCGUUCAGGGGAGUCCACAGAGGAAGGAAGGUUUGGGUUAACAAAAUGAGGGGUUGCAACAUGGGCAGUGCUUACGAUGUCGAGAUCCGUCAGGACUUGCUGCAACUGAUGAGCUGCGGUCAGAAGAACAUCCUCCAGUUCCAUGGCAUCUGCUUCAACGAGAGCCAUGGCCUCUGCAUAGUGACUAGGAUGAUGGAAGGGGGCUCGGUUCAUGACAUCAUUAUGCAGAGAAACAAGAGACUGUCGCUCCGGGACACGAUUAGGAUUGCUCUUGAUGUUGCUGAUGGCUUGGCGUUCAUGAACGGCUACGGCAUUGCGUACCGUGAUCUUAACGCACGAAGGAUCCUGCUAGACAGACAGGGAAAUGCCUGCCUUGGGGAUAUGGGCAUUCUUACCCCUUGUAAUAAUGCUGGCGAGGUUACUGAGUAUGAGACGUCUGGAUAUCGCUGGCUAGCUCCAGAGAUCAUUGCUGGAGAUCCAGAAAGCGUAUCGGAGACCUGCAUGAGCAACGUCUACAGCUACGGCAUGGUUCUGUGGGAGAUGGUGACCGGCGAGGAGGCCUACUCGACGUACUCGCCGGUGCAGGCGGCGGUGGGGAUCGCGGCGUGCGGGCUGAGGCCGGAGAUACCGAGGGACUGCCCGCCGUUCCUGAGGUCGCUGAUGAGCCGGUGCUGGGACAAUUGCCCUCUCAAACGCCCUCAGUUCUCGGAGAUCAUAUCCACCCUGCAAAAGCAGAGCCUGAGAUAG